AUGCCACGCGAUGCCCACACGACAGCGCUGGCUCAGGCUGUUCGCCAAUUCUAUCAGGCGGCCACUAAGCCGCCCUACAUAGACGCGGAUGCGAUCCUUGAACCACCACCAGACGGCUGGCCAGGUGUGAACGCAGAGAUACUCCGCGCCCGGGGUAGAUCAGACCAUGUAAUCGAGCUGCUCCGCCACUUACCCUAUCUGCGUCAGCCAUCCCAGGCUGGGCGUCGGUGGAUGCUCUCGCCCACCACACUGGCGAUAGAUUACUCCAGCGGUGGGGUGUACGGCGAAGAUAUGGAAGAGCGUCAGCCGACGCCGCCACAUUGUAUUUGGCUCACUGCCCACGCGGGUCGAGAUGGCACGGAUCUGCUGCUUGACACGGAAACGAAUAGCAUUACUGAGUGGUCGAUGCUCGAGGACUAUUUAAUGAUCCCAUACGCGGAAUACGAGGAUCUCCCCAAGCAAGACAAGUGGAUGGCGUACCCCACCAUGCCGGCCGCUGCCUUCUUUGAUCUUUGGCGGCGGCGAUGGGCCAAGCUGGUAUGGCUGCCCGUGCCAAGUUCCAAGAGCCCAUUCUCGGCACUGUGGUGGCACAGGGCGCUGCCUCAAUCGGACGCCGAGGCUUCCAUCCUGGAGUCCGACGACGAGUACGAGUAUGACGAGGACGAUUCAGACAGCGAUUCGGGGGGCGGUGAUGACGAGGCAGAUAACUUCAAUCUGUCCGAUGACGAGGUCAAUACUCUCAUCGACGACGCCGGCAGACCGAGUAUUGACGCACCCUCCCCUAGUCUUCCAUGGAUAGAACACGAUGAAGAGGAUGGUGGCGAUGAUACCGUGGGACCUAUAAGCAGCAAGGCUCAAGUAAGUCAUGACUACUUUAUUCCCCUAAACCCUGUGGCCUUUAUUCAAGUGCACCGCAUCUGCUGA